CCGGGGGAGCUGGUUUUUCAUUUCCUGCACUCUCCGUGCCUUUGUCUCCGCUGGACGCAGCUGGAGGCACACCUGAGGGGUGAAGAAGAGGGGCGGAAAGGAUUAAAGUCUCAAGGUGGUGAGGAGCGGGGCGCCAGAAUGGCCAGCGGGAGCCCGGGUCCGUGGUUUGUGCUCUGUGUCUGCUUGGUGCUGGUGGUGGACUUCGGUAAAGGGCAGGAGGAAAAACCCUUCGGUGAAACGUGCCUGGAGAACUUCAUGGCAGGGAUGCCGGAUCGGGUGCUGGAUACGGACGCCUCCGUCCAGAACGGAGCCACCUUUUUGUCGUCCCCCAUGGUCCGUCGAAGCAGGGACUGCAUGAGAGCCUGCUGUAAGGACUCCGCUUGUAACCUGGCUCUUGUGGAGCAGGUCCCAGGCAAGGAGGAAGACCACAUCCAGGGCUGCUUUCUCCUCAACUGCGUCUAUGAGCAGGCUUUUGUCUGCAGGUUUGCCAGGAAAGUUGGUUUUCGCAACUUCUUGAGGAAGGACGUGUACGAUUCCUACCUGGCAAUGCAGGAUCGUGGAUCUAGUGAUGACCGUCCUCCGAUAGCCCGCACUGGCAUGGACAUGAGGGUACAGCCAGGGGAACCAGUGGUGCUGAGAGGCAUAGAGAGCACGGAUGACCGAAGCAUAGUCAGAUAUGAAUGGAAACAGGUCCUCGGCAACCCCUCUGUGGAGAUGAAGAACCAUGAAAAAGAUCAGGUAGAAAUCUCCAACCUCCAGGCGGGGACUUACGUCUUCCAGCUUACUGUCACGGACACUGCACAACAGCAAGACUUCACCAACAUCACCAUCACGGUGUUAAAUUCUGAACAGACAGAAGAGCAUUGUUUGACACCUAAGAAGGUGGGUUGGUGUCGGGGGUCUUUUCCACGUUGGUUUUACAACCCAAGCCUUCAGCGGUGUGAGGAGUUCAUUUUUGGGGGCUGCAAGCCAAACAAGAAUAACUACCUACGGGAAGAGGAAUGUAAACUUGCCUGCAAGAAUGUUAAAGGUUCUUUUGGUGGACAACAACAGCCAGUGUGCAAUGGGAACUGUCAGUCCCCCUUCUUCAGAUGCAAGGAUGGCUGUUGCAUCGAUGCCUAUCUGGAGUGUGAUGAAACUCAUGACUGUGUUGAUGGAUCAGAUGAGGUGUAUUGUGAACAAUAUGCUCGUGAGUUCAAUAGACUGCAGAAAAUCAAUGUCACAAGUAAGCAAGGUCACUGUGUGGACUUGCCAGAUACUGGACAGUGCACCGAGAGCAUCCCCCGCUGGUAUUAUAACCCAUUCACUGAGAAAUGUGACCCCUUCACCUACGGGGGCUGUGGUGGCAACAACAACAACUUUAAAGAAGAGGAAGAGUGCAUGAAGUCAUGUUCAGGCAUCACAAAAGCAGAUGUCAUUGGCCGGAGAUGGGAAUCGUUUGAGUCCCAGAGUGCUGUUUUAAGUGCAUUUGAGGUAGUGAUUGCUGUGCUCCUUGGGAUCUGCAUCAUGGUGGUCCUGGUGAUCAUUGGCUAUUUUUUCCUGAAGAACAGGAAGAAGAAUAGCCGUCGCCGUCAGCCGACCACUGCUACUAAUUCAACCCUCUCCACCACAGAGGACACUGAGCAUCUGUUUUACAGCAGUACUACCAAACCAGUCUGACUUACAGCCACUUUCUCUCCAGCCCAGCACUGGGGAGCUCCCCAAAACUUCUCGAGUUUUUAGAUACGGGCCUGUGUCUGAAAGACUCUCUCUUUGAAGACAUUUGUAGCAUCAGGCCAAGAUCUAGCCAUGAUUUGGCAGUACUAGUGUUUGUGAUUGUCUUGGCUAAAUGGCUGCUCUGGAAAGUGAGGAUCUGGGAGGAUUUUGAUGUAUUGAUGUCCAUCCCUUCCUAACCUCAAACAAUCCAGUGAAACUCUGAAUCUUUCUUCCUGCUCAAACCCAGAGCAUAACUCCACUCAACUUACUGAAGGACCCUGGGACUGGAUCUGUGUAGCAUUCAUGCUGAUGAAUGGUGCAAGCUCACCAGAGCCAGAAAUUUUUUGUUUGCAGUGCCACUGUCUUCCACCAGCCUCAUAUUUUCAACCGUUUCCCCCAGUCCUCUGCAAGGUGGCCCAGCAUCCCAGCAGUCCUCCUGGUUGUGGUGAGCCUCUUGAGGACUGAGAGGUUCAUGUAGUUGUCCAGACCUGUUCCAAGGGCUCUGUGACACUCUCCAGUGGUUCCUGGUUUUGAGAUGGAAAGGAACAGAAAUGCCUGCUUUAAUGACUAGGCUUUGUUUUUUAACAGAAGAGCACACCUUGAUUUUUUUUCCAGUGUGGCUGCCGUGUUACAGCCUCCAAUGUACAGUAUGUCUGCCGUUUUCUCUCUGUGAGUUGCCCUGGUUGCUUUUCCAGUAUUCAGUCUGAACCCAAACACAUUGAGAAAAUAUCUAUUUAUUCUCACCUGAAAGGAAAGGAAAUGUCCCUACUUUUCCUGCUGAUGGAAAGAGGAGGGUGGAAAGACCCAGCUCCCUUGAAGUCGGAUCUUUGCUGCAGCUGUGAUUUUACUGUGCUCUCCUCCAAGCAUACAGCCUGACCCCCGUCCCUGACAUCUCCCAGAGCACAGUAGUGGGCUAGAUACUGCCAGCUAAUGUCCUUGGGCUUUUUUGCUCCUGCUGGCAUAUCCCUCCUGGUGCAAGAUGAGCCUGGGAGGUCUAGAGCUCAUCCCUGGCCCCAUGGCAGCAUGUGACAUCCCUACUUCGGCAAGGUCCUGUUGUGUUCUCCUGUAAGUUCUUUGCAAUGAGGGACUUCCCAAAUCUGUACUGCUGCAUCUCUCUUGUCCAGACUUACACUUCUGGGAGGUGAGGAAUUCUAUUGGGGGGAGAAGCUGCUAUUUCUGAAGUGCCUGCUGCACUUUGUCAGCUGUGGGCUUGACAUCAAUCCACAAAAUUCCAGUGCCUGCUGAUCUUCGAAAACUCCUACUGUGAAGAGAGGAAAUUGGGAGUAGGUGGGGGGUGUUCGCGCGCAUGUGUGCACUCCUGUGUGUAAGAAGCAUGAAUCUAUGUACAGACUUUUGUUUAAAUGCUUGGACCCUUUCAGGGCUGAGGACAGACUGGCUCUGGAAGGCUCUAGUACAGCCAUGCCCAGCUCAGGGAUAGCUGCCUCAUUGGGCCAGUGCCUGGGCUGGAAGGGAAGAAACCACUGCCCACAGCCUGCUGGCAAUCUGACUGCAUGCCUCUCCCUGUCAUGGGCAUCUGUCUCAGUGUCACUGGGACUGGUCAGAUUCCUCUAUGGCUUUUCGUGAUCUGUCCCAUAUAAUUUCUUUCAUCUCUUUGUUUUUCCCACAGCCUGUCAUGGCCGAUGCAAUAAACCUAACAUCUUGAUUUA